AUGGUUUCCAAGGUACUCUGCGUGGCUGAAAAGCCUUCCAUCGCCAAAGCCGUCGCGAAUCACUUGGCUGGUCAAGCUGUGCAAGCGCGCAAUGUUCAAGGCGAAACGUAUACCAAAAACUAUGUCUUCCAGUACAACUUCCCCACCUGGGGUCCUUGCGAAGUGACCAUGACAUCUGUCAGAGGCCAUCUCAUGGAAAAUGACUUCGAAGCUCAGUACAAGAACUGGAAUAACUCGGACCCGGUCGUACUAUUUGAGGCUCGUAUAAGCACUUUUGUCAAAGAAGACAACAGGGGAAUCGCACAGAACAUCGAGAGACAGGCCCGGUACAGCCAAUACCUCUACAUCUGGACCGACUGUGACCGAGAAGGCGAGCACAUUGGAAGUGAAAUUCGCGAUAUUGCGUGCAAGUCGAAUCAACAGCUUCGCGCGCCAGGACGAGUAGUUCGGGCUCGAUUUUCCAAUAUCGAGAGAGCUCAUAUCAUCAGUGCGGCGGGAAGCCCGAUACCACUGGAUGAAGCUCAGGCGAACGCGGUCUCAUCGAGACAGGAGCUGGACCUUCGAAUCGGUGCUUGCUUUACACGAAACUUGACACUGACACUCAGGGACAUGGUGAGAGCACAUGGCGACAAUCGCAUUAUAAGUUACGGGGGCUGUCAAUUUCCUACACUAGGCUUUGUGGUGGAACGAUAUUUCCGAGCACGGAAUUUCAAGCCAGAGACCUUCUGGAGCAUCAAAGUCAUGCGUCAGAAAGACGACAUCAAGGUCAACUUCAGCUGGGCGCGCAAUCAUCUGUUCGACCGCAUGAUGGUGGUGAUCCUAUUCGAGCGAUGCUUGACCGCCCGGACCGCAUCUGUCACGAAAGUGCAGACCAAACCGACCAGCAAAUGGAAGCCACUCCCAUUGACCACAGUUGAGCUCCAGAAAUGUGGUAGCAGAUUCCUCCGCAUGGACAGCCACCGCGUCAUGACUAUCGCAGAGAGCCUGUACCAACGGGGCUUCCUCAGCUAUCCUCGAACAGAGACCGACCAGUUCGACCGUGGCAUGAAUUUGCAGUCCCUGGUCCAGAAGCAGACGCAGAGUCAAGCCUGGGGCCAGUUCGCCCAAGGACUGGUGAACGGCGGGUUUUCCUGGCCAAGAAACGGGCGUAAUAAUGACAAAGCUCAUCCGCCAAUCCAUCCUGUCAACUUUGUAGCUCCCAAUGUUCUGAACGCAGAGGAGCAACGAGUGUACGAGUUUGUCGCUCGACGCUUUUUGGCGUGCUGCAGUGAAGAUGCCAGAGGGAGCAAGACCGAGAUUCAGAUCCAGUAUGGUCCAGAGGUAUUCACUACAUCUGGCCUGACGGUGCUGGAGCGGAAUUACCUCGACGUAUACCCUUACGACAAAUGGACGAGCAGCCAGCAGCUACCCGAUUUUCGAGAGGGUGAGGUCUUCGUGCCGACUGAAGCUCGCAUCCACGAAGGAAAGACGAGUCCGCCUGGCUAUUUGACCGAACCUGAGCUCAUUGCGCUGAUGGAUGCCAAUGGAAUUGGCACUGAUGCCACGAUGGCGGAGCACAUUCUCACAAUCAAGACGCGAGAAUAUGUUGAGGCGAGGCCUCGAGCCCGUCAACCACGUAACGAGGGCGACGAAGAGUCUGAUGCUGAAGAUGAACCCGUUGAUCAGCCUGCUUCACGCGGAGGACGGGGCCGUGGGCGUGGAAGAGGCCGCGCAGGACGUGGUGGUCGUGGCGGCGGCAAUGCACGCGGAGGCGGCACUACGACUGGAGUCCAAGAGUUCAUUCCGACUACGCUUGGUGUUGCUCUGAUCGAGGGUUACGAGAACAUGGGCUUCGAGAUAAGCCUGGCCAAGCCUUUCCUGCGCAAGGAGAUGGAGCUCAAGAUGAAGGCCAUCUGCGAAGGCCGAAAGACUCGUGCUGAAGUCGUUGCGGAAACGGUCGAACAGUAUCGAGCUGUGUAUGUUCGAACGCAACAACGGCUUGGUAUGCUCCGAGCAGUAAGUAUGCCUACGUUCAAGUUGGUGUUGCUGUCGCUGACCGAGACUUGA